AUCUUCUCUGAUUAUUCUCUGAUUAUGUUUAUUUCGUCUCCAAAUUCAAAAUACAGAAUCCUCAUUCUUCAGCAAAUAGCACCUUGAUCGCAUCUGUAUCCUUGCCCGCCUUACCUGAGAACGGGUGUCAGAAAUGGCCGUUAUGCCCGCCAUAAUUCCCCCUCCGCUCCUCCAACUCCCCCCAAAUCCCCGCACCCUACUCCUCGAAAAAUGCAAGAGCCUCCGCGACCUCCGCCAAAUUCACGCCCACCUAAUCAAAACCGGCUCUUUUCUUCACCACUCUACUUUCGAGAACAUACUCGAAUGCUCUGCUCUUCUCCUCCCCAACUCCAUGGACUACGCCCUCAAGCUUUUCGAUCAGAAUCCCCAACCCCAUACCGAAGCUUUCAACAUCAUGAUCCGCGCCUUCAUCCUUUCACGCUUCCCCACCAACGCCGUCCUCCUCUUCCUCCGCAUGCUCGCCUCCUCCAUUAAACCUGAUAAGCACACCUUCUCCUGCAUCCUCAAGGCCUGCUCUCGCCUGAACUCGGUCGAAAUUGGGAAGCAGGUGCAUGCCUAUGCUGUCAAGUGUGGCCUUGCGUGCGAAGAUUUCGUUCUGAAUAGCUUAAUACAUAUGUACGCCAGCUGUGGAGAUGUUUUUGAUGCUCGCAAGCUGUUUGAUAAAAUAACCGAGAGAGGAAUUGUGACAUGGAAUGCCAUGUUUGCGGGGUACUUCAAGGUCGAAAGCUGGCAAGAAGUAGUAACUUUGUUCCAUGACAUGCUGGCAUUAGGAGCAGAGUUUGAUGAGGUCACAUUGAUUAGCGUAUUGACGGCUUGCGGAAGGCUCGGGGUCUUGGAUUUGGGGCAAUGGAUUGAUGUUUAUGUACAUGAGAAUGGGCUUCAGAGUAAUCAAAAUUUAGCUACUUCACUUGUUGAUAUGUACGCAAAAUGCGGCCAAGUAGAGAAAGCUCGGAACUUGUUCAACGAAAUGGCGUCCCGAGACGUCGUCGCCUGGAGCGCCAUGAUUUCAGGUUACAGCCAAUGGAGCCAGUGCAGGGAGGCGCUCAAACUCUUCCAUGACAUGCAGAUUUCAGGAGUGGAACCCAAUGAAGUGACAAUGGUGAGUGUUCUAUCUUCCUGCGCUGUUCUUGGAGCCCUGGAGACAGGCAAGUGGGUGCAUUCCUAUCUCAGGAGAAAGCAGCUGAAGAUGACAGUCAAUCUGGGCACCGCUCUUGUCGACUUCUACGCGAAAUGCGGGUUCAUCGCUGACGCCCUGGAAACCUUCACGAAGAUGCCGCAGAAGAACGCGUGGUCAUGGACUGUGAUAAUCCAGGGUUUAGCCAGCAAUGGACGAGGAGAAGAGGCAUUGAAGUUCUUCUCUUUUAUGCUUGAAGCAGAUUUCCAACCCAAUGAGCUGACUUUCAUGGCUGUGCUGUCUGCCUGCAGCCAUGCAGGACUAGUUGAUGAAGGAAAGCGCUUCUUCCAUAGCAUGGGCAGCAUUUACGGCGUAGAACCGAGCAUCGAACACUAUGGUAUCAUGGUCGACAUGCUCGGCCGAUCCGGUUUGGUUCAGGAAGCUUAUGAUUUUGUGAUAGAAAUGCCUGUAAAGCCGAAUGCUGUCAUAUGGAGGACAUUGUUGGCUUCAUGUAAGAUCCACAAGAAUGUAGAGAUUGGAGAGGAGUCUUUGAAGCAGGUGGUGAAGCUGGAGCCGAAACAAAGUGGGGAUUACAUACUCCUUUCCAACAUCUACGCAUCAGUCGGUAGAUUUGAGGACGCUGUAAGAUUAAGGAAUCAAAUGAAGGAGAAAGGGAUAAGGAAAACUCCAGGUUGCAGCUCUGUUGAAGUGGAUGGUGUUAUGCAUGAGUUCUUCGCGGAAGAUAGCGCGCAUCCUCUGUGGAAGGAGAUAUAUGAGAAAGUUGAUGAGAUGAUGAUGAGGAUUAAGGAAGCUGGUUAUGUGUGUGAUGUAGCAGAGGCGAGAUUAGAUGCGGAAGAGGAGGAGAAGGAACUUUCUGUGUCGCAUCACAGCGAGAAGUUGGCCAUUGCGCUGGGGCUUCUGAGAUCGACGCCGGGAGCUGUGCUUAGAGUUUGGAAGAACCUGAGAGUAUGCAGGGAUUGUCACGUGGCGACGAAGCUGAUCUCCAAGGUUUAUGGAAGGGAAAUUGUCGUGAGAGAUAGGAAUAGAUUUCAUCACUUCAAGGAUGGUUUUUGUUCUUGUAAUGAUUACUGGUAACCAUGAUUGAAGGGUUAUUAUUGUUCUUUUUUUCCCCUUGGGAAAGGAGUUAGUUUUUGUGG